GGGAAGAGGAGGGGGGAUACGUAUACUGAGCCCAGUGCACAUUUGGGCCGCCUCAGCGAAUCCGGAGCCGCCGUUCUGGUCCGACAACCGCUCGGCAGCCAAUUGGAUCCCGGACGGACCGGAACGGUGGGAAAAAACGAAAAUACGAAUUUGGCUUCCUGUGGGUCUGAAACGUUACCUGUCACCUGCAACGGACGAGUGUCUUUCAUAGAGAAAGGGAAGCAACACCCGCACGCAAUGAAUCUGUCCCAGUACCUGGACGACUCCCCCAUGAGGUCCGGUGCUAAACCCACCGGGGUUGAGGACCCGAACCUGCAGGAGGUGUACAACGAGAGGCACCGACUGGCUCUGGAGGAGCUGCUGUCGGGGGGGCUCGACAACUUUCUGGACUUCAUCGGGAAGGAGCGGAUCCCCAACUUCCUGUCGGACGACGAGAUGCAGCGGAUCAGGAGCGCCGCCGUGCCGGCGCGGUGCGCGUCCCUCCACGCCGGAGAGGAGCAGACGCUGGAGCAGUCGGUCGGCAGCUCCAUGGACUGCUCCUCGGUCACCUAUUUCCCCGAGGUAUCGGACGUGGAGCCCCCCCUGCUGGAGAUCGGCUGGCCCGGCUUCACCGCCGGCUCGUACCGGGGAGUCACGCGGGCCGUGGCCCACUUCCAGCCCAGCUACGGGCAUUGCAUCUACAGCUGCAAGGAGGCGACGAGGCGCAUGAUUAAAAGUGCCAGAGAGGUGAUUGCCAUAGUUACUGACUCCCUGACGGACCUGGAUAUCUUUAAGGAUCUUCAGGAGGCGUGCUCGCACCGCAAAGUCCCCGUCUACAUCCUGCUGGACCAAUCGUGCGCCCCUGCUUUCCUCAAGAUGUGCAAAAAUGUCGGCGUCCGACUGGAUGACCUCGGGCAAAUGAGAGUGCGAACCAUAACUGGUACAACUUAUUACGUGAGAUCUGGAGCGAAGAUUACCGGGGAGGUCCAUGAGCGCUUCAUGCUGAUUGAUGGAAACAGAGUGGCGACAGGUUCCUACAGGUACAACUGGACCGAUGGCAAACUAAACACCAGCAACCUCAUCGAGCUUUCCGGUCAGAUAACGGAGAAAUUUGACGAGGAGUUCCGCAUCCUCUACGCCCAGUCGUUACCCAUGAGCACCCGAGGGCCCCCGAGCGUGCGAAACAGCUCCAUCUACGAACACGUCCUGCUCAAAUACUCGGUCGCCUCUUGUUCCCCUCGACUGACCAGCACACCCAGCCGCAAGCCCCCAAACGCAACCGCCCUGACCCCGUGCCAACCCUCGCCUCCGGACCGCCCUCAAUCCGACCCGCUGUCCGACUCCUCCGCUGUCGGUGACGGCUGGACGGAGCAGCGAGAGGACAUCCUGGCCGGCAGCACCGCCGCCGCCGCUAGUAUUCCCGCAGAUCAGCAAGCGGAAAUAGAGCCGGCGCCCGUCUCCUGCCACGCCGCCACUCAGACCAGCCGGUCGGUGGCGGGCGACGACACUCGAGCCGACCCCGAGGUCACGCUGCGCCCCGACCUCGUCGCGCCAACGAGCGCGGUGCCAAACCGGGGCCCGUCUCCGUCGUUCACCUCGCCCAGACGGGGCUCGCCGGCCCCGGCCUCUCCAGAUGGCACCUUGAAGGACUCCUUCCACGAGCUGACCAAAGAGCGCCAUCGCCGCUACUCCUCCAUCCGCUCCAAGCUGGAGCGCAUGGCCGCCGCCCUGUCCGAGAGGCGGGAGCUGGCGGACGUCACCAACACGACCCAGAGUGCACGCACACACUGUGCGCGGGACCCAAACACCAGACUGCUCGUUGAAGGCACGGCCACAUGGCCGAGAGCCAGAUGUGUACACUAGUCUGUCUUCAAGGAUUUUUUUUCCGGAGGCGGAGGGCAGCGGGGGAGGAUAUUUCUCGAGGAUCCUCUUAUUUCAAGUAAAACGGUUUCGUGCAGCAGAAUUGUCGCUUCCUUCUAUGUGUCUUAUGUUUCACGUAAUGAAUGGUAAGGCCGUGUCAUCAUCAACACACAUUAUAAAUGGAUUUUUUUUCUCUCCAAGAACACAGUGCAAUAUUCAUUGUUUGUCCGUGUCGGUUUAAGGAAAAUGAUUCGCUGAGCCGGAUUAAACUGGAAAGCAAAAUGCACUGAAGCUCUUUUUUUUUGGGGGUGGUUUAAUCACAUUUGGCUGGUAACGGCAUCCGAGCAACAUAUAAGAGAGCAGCUGGCUCUCUCUGCGAUUUCUGAAUAAACAGUAGUGGGGUU